GUUGAUGAAUAAUACACUCUUCUAUUUAUGUUUAAGUGUUUCAGUUUCCUGUUGAAUGAAUGAACAAGAUACUCCAUUACCAUUAAUGCUGUAACUGACGAAGGAUUUGGGCUUAGGAACUACUUAAGGGGUGACAUGUCACCAAAGCAAUGCAAUGACUGUGUGAAAGCUGCAACCGGGAAGAUUCUAGAAGUGUGCCCCAAUCAGAAAGAGGGAAUCGUUUGGUAUCAGGAGUGUAUGGUGCGAUACGCAAACCUAUUCAUUUUUGGUCUAUUAGAUAUUGAGACUUUGGCUGUGCAAUACACCUUAGCCAAUUAUGCGGAUCCUCUUCGUCUGGAGCUAGUGCGAAAUGCAACCAUGGAAAGGCUAACUAUGCAAGCUGCUUAUAAUAGUACACGAGGUUUUGCUACAGGGAUGGGAGUUAUAACAUCAUCUGAUACUUUAUAUGGCCUUGUGCAAUGCACUCCCGACUUACUUGGCAAGCCAUGUGAGGUCUGCUUAAAAAUAGCGCUAGCUGAAAUGUCAUCUCAAGUUGGGACAGGAAGGGUAACGAGUAUGAUUUUUAUGCCUAGUUGCGUGCUUCAUUAUAGCCUUGGUCCUUUCUUUGUGAAUAGUACUGCACCACCAGUUACUUCUUUACCACCCCCUGCACCGGCCUCAGUUCCUCCUCAAACUCCUCCUGAUUUUAGGCCUUCUAUAUACCACAUUCCAUCUCCUAUCGCAGGUGGAUCCGGCCGGGCAAUUCUUACAUCUCUAAACAGUUUCAGAUGUUGUAUUGUGCCGGUUUUAAUUCUUGUAGUUUUUCCAGGAGACAUUUGGUGAGUCUUCUCAUCUGUUGUCUUGUAUGUAUAAAUGUGCACUCAUACUUUACUGUUGCAUGGUCUUUUUUAGCCUCAUUUUACAAAGGAUGCCUUCUGCUUCUAGGGUGCAGUUUUAGUUAUUUGUUUAAGCUUCUAUUGUAGAAAUUGUAAUCUGUAUAAC